CAUUUGUUAACGCGGCGCUGCAGUUACAACGGUGGACGAGUGGACGACAGUCCUCCCUGCGACGCGGUGCGAGAAACUUGCGCGAUGUGUACCCGCCUUUUACUCGCGGUCGCUGCUAUCGUAAUAACGGACACUCAUGCCGCCAGAAUCCUCGGAUUGUUCCCUCACACGGGCAAAAGUCAUCAAAUGGUUUUCGAACCUUUACUUCGUACGUUAGCGGAGAGAGGUCACCAUGUAACCACCGUGUCGUUUUUUCCUCUCAAAAAUCCACCCGCAAAUUACACGGAUGUCAGCUUAGAAGGCAUCGCCGGUCUAGGUCUUGAAACUUUCGAUCUAUCGAUAUACGAGUCACCUAAUUUAUUACUCAGAAUACCGAUAGUGAACAGGAUCGCGAAGCAGUUGAUGGAGUUUCAUCCACUGGCAGGAAUGGCUCUAAAUGUGUGCGGCAAAGCACUUGAUUGGCCUCCGCUAAUUGAAGCGUUGAAAGGUGAUUAUGAUGUUGUAUUGGUUGAGAAUUUCAACAGUGAUUGCAUGCUUGGUUUGCUCCAUGUUUAUGGUAUAAAGUCACCCGUUGUUGCGUUGUUAUCGUGUAAUAUACUACCCUGGUCUGGAAACAGGAUCGGUGUACUGGACAACCCUGCGUUUGUUCCCGUGAUCAGCACAUCCUUUACGUCUCGUAUGACAUUUGCGGAGAAAUUGGAGAACACAUUCCUCCAGCUGUAUCAUAAUUUCUGGUUCUACUAUGCGAUACAAGUGAAGGAAAGGGAAUUGAUUGAGAAACGAUUUGGUAGGAAGAUACCGGACUUGUAUGACCUAGGAAAGAAUUAUUCUUUGAUGAUGGUGAACACUUUCCACGCUCUGAACGGUGUGAGACCAACAGUGCCCGGCGUCAUAGAAGUAGGCGGGAUGCAUUUGGAUCACAAGAGGAAAGUAAUACCACCGUAUAUCGAGAAGUUCCUUAACGAGUCAGAACACGGCGUGAUCCUGUUGAGCUUCGGUUCCCUGAUCAAGACUUCCACUAUUCCUAAGUACAAGGAGGAUAUGAUAGUGAACGCGCUAGCCAAGCUGAAGCAGCGUGUCAUCUGGAAGUUCGAGGGUAGCGGCGAGGAGGGCACGCUCACCGGCAACAUCCUCAGAGUCAAGUGGCUGCCUCAGUAUGAAUUGCUACAAAACAAGAAGGUAGUAGCGUUUAUUGCUCACGGCGGUCUACUAGGCAUGACGGAGGCGAUCUCUGCCGGCAAGCCGAUGGUGGUCGUGCCUUUCUUCGGGGAUCAGCCUGCUAAUGCCGCGGCGGCCGCUGCAGCUGGCUUCGCUACCGUCGUGCCUUACAUUGAACUCACUGAAGAAAAACUUACCAAAGCAUUGGAGUUUGUGUUAAGCGCUGAAACUCGAUUAAAUGCCCGACGUGUAUCGAGCAUUUGGCGCGACAGACAGGCAGACCCGCUAGAGACUGCGGUGUACUGGACUGAGAGAGUCAUACGGUGGGGUCACCACGCGCAGCUGCACUCGCCAGCGAGAGACAUGCCUUUGUACCAAAUCGCUUUACUAGACGUCAUCGCCACAUUAGUUAUCGCCAUUUUGAUUAUAUUGGCGAUAUCGUGGUAUAUUUUGUCUAAAGUCUUUCGACUUUUGUUUGGUAGAGAAAGUAAAUUAAAAAUGCACUAGUUUUGUAAUAAAAUGACAGUGAGAGUGGCUUUAAUUAUUUCGUUGUUUUAUAAUUUAAGCAAUAAUAUGCGGCCUUGUUAAAGUUAUAAGUAAGUUUGACUAAACAAUAUUUAUUAUGUACAUUGUACUUUUAUGUUUGUUCCAUUAUAUUUCGAGAAUCCAUUGAUCAACGUAGAUUAACUCCAAAGAUACUUACGUGCUUAAUAAUUACAGAUGUAAGUCAAUUACUUUACCCAGAUUAAACUGUCUCAAGUUUAUAUUCUAACCAAAUGAUAAAUAGCUAAAUUAAUUUCUAACUUUCACGAGAUAUAGCAUUCAUCCCCGUGGUUUUAUUCCACUCACGUGGGGUCGGCACACUAUGUUUUUUAAACCUUAAAGUUUUGGCUUAAUUUUUUUUAAAC